AUGGAAUCUGCCCGAAGCCUCUAUCAAAAUGACAUCGAUUUUGCAGCCUUGGCGCUGCAAUCGCGCGACUUCGCCAAGCACUUGAAACCAAAUGGCCAACUAGAUUUUAAUGAUCCAGCCGCUGUCCGACAACUCACCACCACCCUCCUGCAACAAGAUUUUCACCUGAAAGUUGAGAUUCCUGGGGAUCGGUUAUGUCCACCGGUACCAAAUAGACUCAAUUACAUCCUCUGGCUGCAGGACCUCCUCGACUCCACUGCUGGAGGCCUGCAUGAGGGGUACGACCGAGACCGGGAGGUGGUCGGCCUCGACAUCGGAACGGGAUGCAUCAGUAUUUAUCCCCUACUGGGAUGCGCGACACGGCCGCGCUGGAACUUUGUAGCAACAGAUAUCGACUUGAACAACCUCCGCACCUCCCAGCAUAAUGUCUCCCUGAACAACCUCGAAUCGCGGAUUCGAAUCAUACGUUCCGACCCUGACGGACCUCUCUUCCCGCUAGAAAAACUAGGCUGCCAAACCCUUGACUUUACCAUGUGCAACCCACCAUUUUACACCUCGACCGAUGAGCUGAUCAAAUCUGCCGAGAAGAAAGAGCGAGACCCCUUCUCUGCUUGCACUGGUGUCGAAGUUGAGAUGGUGACCAGCGGCGGAGAAGUAGCUUUCGUGAAGAAGAUGAUCGACGAGAGUCUCCAGCUGCGCGACCGGGUCCAGUGGUACACAUCGAUGCUCGGUAAAUUGAGCAGUAUCAACGUACUCGUGGAGACCCUGAUCAAGCACGAGAACCACAAUUUUGCAGUCACCGAGUUCGAUCAAGGAAGCAAGACGAAGCGCUGGGCCGUGGCGUGGUCAUGGGGAGACCGGAGGCCUGCCAUGAACAUUGCGCGUGGAAUACCUGGCUGCCUGAAGAGUCAUUUGCCUUUCCCUUCAGAUUUCACGCUCACUCUACCACCAGGAUCAUCAAUUGACAAAGCCAUCGCUACUAUAAAUACAGAACUCAACUCGCUGCCUUGGUUUUGGUCUUGGGAUCAGACCCGUUCUGCGGGGACGGGUUUCGCUGCUGAGAAUGUGUGGUCUAGAUUCGCCCGCCGGAAGAUGAAACUUGCCGGUGAGGAGGGUGCGGCUAAAUUGAAGAUGAUUCCGGAUCAGAUAGCGCUGGGAGUACGUUUGCAGAUACGGAUAGUCCGGGGAGAGAAUCCGGGGGAGAGAGAGGUGAAGGUUUUAGUCCGCUGGGCACAGGGGACAAACACCGUCUUGUUUGAGAGCUUCUGCGGAAUGGUCAAGAGGAAGCUGAACCUGGAAUCAAAAUGA